AUACCUUACACACUUACGACCUCGCAACACUGCCCACAGAGAAAGGCGUCAGUCACAACUAAAGCGCCAGUGAUUGAUUCAGCGCCUCGCUAAUUUUCACGUAAUACCCUCAGGGAAAACCUUAACUAAACACCUUUUCGUCACGUUGUCGCUUGUUGCCUGGCGUUUUGAGUGGUACAACCACCAAGCGCAAGUGCGUCCCGAAUCACGGGUGAUUACACGUGCCUUGUGAAAGAGCGUAAUAAGCAUUCUUUCUUUGAAUGAUAAUUUGAGGGUCGUAAUCACCUUCAAGUAAUUGCAAUUGCAACCCCGCAUCUUACACUCCUUCGACAGGCUCAAGUCUACUUCCGCGUUCGUAACAGACGCGCUUUAUCAUCCUCCCAACCCCGAACACCGAUAUGGCUUCCACAAAUCCCGACAGCGCAAGGAAUCUAGGGACCGCAAGGGUGUUGGGUGAGCGAGGCUUUCCGGCUGAGGGUCAGGCUAAGCAUUCUUUGUCUGUACAAGAAAGGGCCAGGAAGAGGAAGUGGAACAUAUCUGGCGACGAACACCGAGUGUUCGAAGGAGGCGACGUCACCACACGGUACAGUCGUGCUGAGAUUACAGACAACUAUAGGGUUGAAAGUGGCAGACCGCAAUUACAUGGCCCAGAAAAGACCGUAAGGCUGUACGCGUCUCAUUCGAACGCUCUCGACCCUGAUCGUAGCAAACGACAUAGACAUGGAGCACCAGACUCCCCACGACAGAACAACCCCCGGAAACGCAACAAGCAAAAUUUGGAGAAGGCACAGCAGCUCGCCCCGAACUAUCCUGAUCUCCGAGAUAUCGAAGCAUGGCAAAAAUUAGGCCAAAACAUAGAGCGAAAGUUCCACAGAGAAUACACAUUUGUAUAUCGACAGUUGCGUCUGAACCAAUGUCCUAAGGCAUUGGCAUACACCGAGUGGAGAAAGAGGGUACAGCAAGAGAUGGUGGGGUUGGGCUUGCAAGAUGCAUAUACUCGGCCUUUUGUAGAUAGGAUGCCUGGAGGUGAAGUCAAAGAUGAGGCUAAGGAAGAAGUGGCCCAAGAGGCGAUGAAGGAAGCGGAGGAAGAACGGGCACGGAGAGAAAUGGAUAGGAUGAUUGCGGACGAUGGCCUUGACAUUGAUAUCUACGGCGAUGAAGAGACGAGGAGGAAGUAUGAACCCUGGAUCAGGAGUCGAAUGGAUCGAACGUAGAUACCUAUCUUCGCGAUCCGCCCAUGAUACCAC